AUGGCAAGCUUUUUUGAUCUCAAGGCCCGGAAGGCCGCCGCGGCGAAUGGCGCAUCAUCGGGCAACACCGAGAAGCAGACAAGCGAAAAUCCCAGAGCUCAGCCGUGGGUUGAGAAAUACCGUCCGAAAACCCUGAGCGAUGUGACUGCCCAAGACCACACCAUCACCGUCCUGCAACGGACACUCCAGGCAUCAAAUCUCCCGCAUAUGCUCUUCUACGGCCCCCCAGGCACCGGCAAGACGUCGACGAUCCUAGCCUUGGCCAAGGAGCUGUACGGGCCCGAGCUGAUUAAGUCGCGGGUGCUGGAGCUCAACGCGUCCGACGAACGCGGCAUCUCGAUUGUGCGGGAGAAGGUCAAGGACUUUGCGCGCAUGCAGCUCACGAACCCGCCGGCGGGCUACAAGUCGCAGUACCCGUGCCCGCCGUUCAAGAUCAUCAUCCUCGACGAGGCCGACAGCAUGACGCAGGACGCGCAGAGCGCGCUGCGCCGCACCAUGGAGACGUACAGCAAGAUCACGCGCUUCUGCCUCAUCUGCAACUACGUCACGCGCAUCAUCGACCCCCUGGCCAGCCGCUGCAGCAAGUUCCGCUUCAAGAGCCUCGACCAGGGCAACGCCCGCCGCCGCCUCGAGGAGAUUGCGGCGCUCGAGGGCGUGCCGCUCGAGGACGGCGCCGUCGACGCUCUCAUCCGCUCUAGCGACGGCGACCUGCGAAAGGCCAUCACAUACCUGCAGAGCGCCGCGAGGUUAGACGGAGGGGACGGGAUGGACGUGGACAAGAAGCCGGUGACGGUCAAGAUCGUCGAAGACAUUGCCGGUGUCAUCCCCGACAACAUGAUUGACAGGCUGGUCAAGGCGAUGCGGCCGCGGGCUGCGGGGGACACGUACCAGGCGGUUGCAAAGGUGGUGGAGGAGAUGGUGGCAGACGGCUGGAGCGCGGGACAGACCAUGACGCAGCUCUACCAGGCCGUCGUCUACGACGAGAUGAUCCCGGACACGCAGAAGAACAAGAUCGUCAUGGUGUUUUCCGAGAUGGACAAGAGGCUGGUAGACGGCGCCGACGAGCACCUUUCAAUACUUGACCUCGCGUUACGCAUCUCCGGGAUCAUGGCUGGGAAGUAG